AUGUUCGAAAAUUCUCGCAUACUGUUUAUAGUUUUAAGUGUGGUGCUGGCAUGUCAUACGUUUAGCGUUGAUGCAGCCAAAAAUAUUCAAAAUUCCUCUAGUGACGGUGGUAAUGGUGAUAGUCAUCAUGUAACAUUUGGUGCCCAAAGUCCCCGGGAAGUACAUUUGGGACGUUACACGGCAAUGGAAAGAUAUAAACCGGUGAAAAUUGUCGAGGGUGAUUUUGUUUAUCGGCCAAAGCCCAAUGAUUUACAAUAUGGCCGCACCAUAACCCGUAUUGUAAUCACCGAUCAAUAUGACAAUGGUAAUGGUGGCUAUGCCACACUGAAAGAUGGUGGCCCGAGUACAAAUUUUGCCAUAAUUCAUUUUAAAUCACAACGCAAUCAUGGUUAUAAUUUUGUUGUGGAUAUAUAUGGUAUAUAAA